AACACGCGCUCGGGGCUCCAUUACUUCCGCCUGCAGGACUCAGGAAAACAAAUCGAGCUGUAUCAUCGCGCACUCUGCAGAUAGUCUCCUGAUUUGUUGCAAAUAUGUUUCGUAACCAGUAUGACAAUGACGUGACGGUGUGGAGUCCUCAGGGCCGCAUCCAUCAGAUCGAGUACGCUAUGGAGGCGGUGAAGCAGGGCUCGGCCACUGUCGGCCUGAAGUCACACACUCACGCUGUGCUGGUGGCGCUGAAGAGAGCUCAGUCUGAGCUGGCCGCUCAUCAGAAGAAGAUCCUGCAUGUGGACAGUCACGUGGGCAUCUCCAUCGCCGGACUGACGGCCGACGCCAGACUCCUCUGUAACUUCAUGCGUCAGGAGUGUCUGGACUCCAGGUUUGUGUUCGACAGGCCUCUGCCCGUGUCCAGACUGGUGUCGCUCAUCGGGAGCAAGACGCAGAUCCCCACGCAGCGCUACGGCAGACGCCCCUACGGAGUCGGGCUGCUCAUCGCAGGAUAUGAUGACAUGGGUCCGCACAUCUUCCAGACGUGUCCGUCUGCUAACUACUUCGACUGCAAGGCCAUGUCGAUCGGCGCGCGCUCGCAGUCGGCCCGCACUUACCUGGAGCGCCACAUGGAGGCCUUCCUGGACUGUAACCUGAACGAUCUGGUGCAGCACGGCCUGCGGGCGCUGAGAGAGACUCUUCCUGCUGAACAGGAUCUGACCACCAAGAACGUGUCGAUCGGGAUCGUGGGUCAGGGGUUGGAGUUCACCAUCUAUGAUGACGACGAGGUGUCGCGCUUCCUGGAGGGCCUGGAGGAGCGGCCGCAGAGACGGGUGGGCCCGCCGGCGGACGAAGCGGCUCCAGCCGUGCCUGAGGAACCCAUGGAGCACUAACACACACUCCUGCACUGCUGACCCCAGAUCAUCUGUACUCGUCACACAUUACACAAUGAAACCUUCAUUUUCUAUCUGUGAGUGUUAGAGGAAUAAAACUGUUCUUGUUUCUUUCUGA